AUGAACUCAUCAGGGUAUUGGGAUAACUUGAGUUUUGGAAUCACCAACUCUUCUAAUAUAGCAGAUAGCGCUGCUGAACUGCUAAAUCGAACAGAUAACUCGCAUGACAUACAACAGCAACAGCAACAACAACCACAACAAAAUACCCAGAGUAAUGAAGUGUUAGAAACACAAAUGUCAGAAGCAUACCCCGAUUCAACCGAUCCAGACACACAGCAUGAGCUACAUAUACAACCUCCAUUCACCCCAGAAGAAAUACGCGACUCAAUCAGAUCCAGCUCGUUAGCGAAUGAUCAGUCUAGUAGGAUCCAUCAUGCAUUUAUGCAACUGAUUGACGAAGAUGACGAAGAUAAGGACGAGCGACUUGAAGGGUCAUUUAACAGAAUCACCCAGAGUGUCGUGCUGUUGGAGCAUGAGCCAGACAACACCGAAGAUGAAGUAGACGACCAGUCGAUUGAUCAUGAUAUGAUUAGUCAUGGUACAACUUCCAGUCGCCAUCCCUUUGAAGCCAACGAAGAUCAACAAAACCUGCAAAUGGAGGAUUCAUCGGCGCAACCAAGUUUGGAACAGAUUCAGCGAGUAUAUUACAUGAAGGGUUUACAAGAAGUGGAGGAUUUACAGUUGGUUGAUUUGUCACCACUUGCCAGUUGGAAAUUAUCAUCAUAUAAGCAAGGUUUUGGCUUGGCUCAAUUGCGCGAAGAUAACCCUGAAACUUACUGGCAAAGUGAUGGAAGCAAUGGAGGCAAUAAUACUAACCCCAAUAGCUCAGCCUUGAUGAAUAACCAUUUAGCCAAUCCUCAUUCCAUAACUAUUCAUUUCAUUAAAAAAGUGGCGUUGGAACGAAUAUCAAUCUUCACCAAUUAUUCUUUAGAUGAAAGUUAUACCCCUAGUAAAAUAAGAAUUAUGGCUGGUAGUAGUGAAGGAUGGGAUUUGAUUGAAGUUUGCACUGUCAAUUUUAAUCAGCCAAUUGGUUGGUCACAUAUAAUAUUCAACGGGAUUAGAAACGAUGGCGUUUUAAAGUGUUUCAUGGUGAAAAUAAUCAUAUUAGCCAACCACCAAGAGGGGAAAGACAGCCACAUAAGAGCCAUAAGAUGCUAUGGUAAAAAGAAUGUGCCGCAAAAAUUGCAAGUGGUGCACGAAGAAACUAAGCCUUUGGAGCAGCUUGGCCAUUCUGAUUUGUUGAAAGAUUUGAGUUUGGCAAGUGGGUCUAGUAGCAUGUCUGGACUUCUGCAGAGUUCCAGAGCUGUAUCAGACUCAAAAGGUGGUGGGGAUUCGUAUGAAGUUGAGGAAGAGAAUCAAGAAGAGAUUGUUCCCGAUAAUUCAGAUUCAGAGACUGCCAAAAUACUACAAAACGUCAAUACAGUGUUGGGUAAUAACACCGGUUUCGAAAGCAUCGAGCUCAAAAGUGUUUCCUCCAUUAGGUAG